AUGAGCUACUUCUCGGACGAGGAUGAAUAUGAGUACCGCCGCUACAGGGGCCGCGACCCCUCUCCGGCACCGGUACACUAUGUUCAAGCGCGACCGGACCGACCGCGCAGCCGGGGCUACCCCCACGGCAUGGACCCGUUCCUCGUCCCAAACGUGACGGAGCGGUCCAUGGCCAUCACCAGGGUGCGUGAGCGCUCGCGGGAAAGGCGAAGCCCGCCCACGGUCCUCAGCCCGCCCGCCCAGCAUGCGGCGCCGGUGAUAAUCAAGCAGUACAACUCCAACGACCACCACUCGUCGGACGACGAGAGCAGCCUCAGCAGCCACCACCACCACAGGGGCCGGGGCCGCUCGCACUCGCACGUCUCGAUCAGGAGCUCGCACUCGCGCUCGCGCGGCGGCUCGGACGCCUACAUGACGGUGGAGAGGUACGAGCUGGAGCGCAAGCUCGAGGAGCACCGGCGGCAGCUCGAGGCCCUGCGCAUGUCGACGACGCCGUCGGCCGCGGCGCACACCGAGACGGAGCGGUACGAGCUCGCGCGGCUGAAGCGUGAGUUGGAGGAGCUGCGCAUCAAGGAGGACCGCGACGCGCAGCGCGCAGAGGACGCCGAGAGGUGGGAGCUGCGCAAGUCCAAGAUCGAGCUGGAGGACCUGCGCGCGCGGGAGGCCCGCGAGGCUCGCGAGAAGGCGGACAGGGAGCGACGCUCGGCGGACUACGAGUCGUACGAGCUGCAGCGGUCCAAGAAAGAGCUGCAGGACCUCAAGGCGCAGCAGCAGAGGGAGAAGGAGGCGAUGGAGAAGAUGAGGGAGGCGAGGACGCAGGCUGAGCUGAGAGUGGCGAAGGAGGAACUGGACAAGAUCAAAUUCGCCGAGGAGCAAGAGGCCGACGAGAAGAGGAUCCGCAAGGAAAUAGAGACCAAGAUGAUCGCGGAGAAGCUGAAGGCCGAGGAGGACAAGAAGCAGCGCGAGAAGGACGAGGCCGCCGCCGUGGAGCGGUGGAAGGCCAGGGAGGCCGAGAAGGCCGCCAAGGAGAAGCGCGAGAAGGAGGAGGCCGAGCGCGAGUACGCGCACCGACUGACGGACCAGCUGCGGGCGUCGGGCCUGCCCGAGGACCAGAUCAAGGCCAUCCUCGAGAAGAGGCGCAUCAACCAGGGGUGGGGUGCCCAACCGAGGCCGUUCCCAGGGCCAAUGCCACCGAGGGCGUUCCCGGGUCCGCCACCCCCGCCGCCGAUGCCGAUCCCCCCGCAGCAGAUGUCCACGCAGAUGACGACGACCAAGACGACGUACACGAGGAUGGCGAGGCGGCACCUGAGCCUGGAGUGCCUGAAGGUUAGGGGGAUCGACUAUGAGCUCGACGCGAACCCAGACUACGUGCUCAUCAAGCGCUGGGUGCCCCCGGAGGAGCAGAAGGAGCUCUGGUCGCUGACCAAGGUGCUCCGCGACGGGCGCGAGAAGGUGACGACGACGCUGGCCAUCGAGGACCGCAGCCACCACCACCACCGCCACAAGUCGGGCGACAACCUGGUCGUCGUGAAGAAGACCAAGCGGGAGCGCUCCAGGUCCCCGAGCGUGUCCACGCUCAUGUACCUAGCCGGCGCCAGAUGA